CUACGACAAGACAAGAGAGGCGAAAGGGCGGCAGUGCAUGGGGAAGGAGGUGGGCGGUAAAAUAGGGCCGGGCCUCUGGUCACAUCACACUGUGUUCUACCAUGGCGGCCGCCACGGCUCGGCUAGGUCUCCUUCCAUUUUCGCGGACUUUACUGUGGUUCAGAGGGGCUCUCGCGGCUCUCGCGGCUCCCGGUUUCCUGAGGACCCCCACUGUGAGAUCGUCCGUGACUCCCGCUGCGACACCCGCCAGAGACCGACUCGCGGCCUGCUCUCGCAGCCGAGGCUUCAGCUCUUCCUCCCGGCCACUGAGCUCAGACAACAAGGUGACAGUGAAUUUCAUAAACCGCGAUGGGACUAAGCUGUCUGUGAAAGGUGCUAUUGGUGACUCUCUGCUGGAUGUGGUCAUCAACCAAAACCUGGAUAUCGACGGAUUUGGUGCUUGCGAAGGCACCCUGGCCUGUUCCACCUGUCACGUGAUCCUGCAGGAGGAGGUUUACAACAAGCUUGGACCCAUCUCGGACGAGGAGAUGGACAUGCUGGAUCUGGCCUAUGGGCUCACUGACACGUCUCGUCUCGGUUGCCAGAUCUGCCUCACCAGGUCCCUGGAGGGAAUAACAGUACGUGUUCCCGAAACUGCUGUGGACAUCCGACAGCCCAGCGACGCAGGCACAACCACCUCCUCCUAGGCCAUGCCCCCUGGGCUUUGCCAGGCGUACCUAGUACACCUUUUGUGUGGUGGGUUUUUUUUUUUUUUUUUUUUUUUUUUUAAAAAAUUAGUUUUUUUUUUUCAGCAGUGCCAUGGUUUAGGAUUACUUGAUUCCUUGGCAUUUUUUAAACGACUUGGACCGACCCCGCAGUAGCUGGUCGAGGGAGGUUGGUUUAGUGCUGUCCUGCGGAAGCGGAGGGCUGCGGGACUGACUGACACUGGGCCUUGGAAGGACCAAAAGCACUUGUUGGAUGUUCGUUGUUCCUCUGCUGCCGCUCUGUUGAGACUUGGGCAUUCCCAGUCCCAUGAUUCUGAAACAGCUAACGUCCUAACAAUGAUCACGUGUUCAUGAAAACUCCUGUUCAGCCAUGAUGUGUCACCCAUGUAAUUAAUAGUAUAUUAGCAAAAAGCUGUGAAUUCUUAUUCCUUUCUGAAAUAAAAUGGCACUUUCGUUCCCUCCUCA